AUGGGGCCACGCGGCCUCGGGGCUCUCCCUGCACCCAGCAGGGGGGACAGGGCCAGGGGACAGCAGUGGUGGCACCUCUGCAGUGGUGGUGGCACCUCUGCAGCCCCUGAGCGCCCUGCACCGCUCUCCCUGCAGGUGGGGACCAACGGGGUCAUCUCCAGCCAGGAUUUCCCCAGGGAGACCCAGUACGUGGAUGACGAUUUCCCCACGGACUUCCCGGUCAUCGCCCCCUUCCUGGCCGACCUGGACACCUCUGGGGACAGAGGGAACAUCUACUACCGCCAGGAUGACUCCAGGGACGUGCUGGAGCAGGCUCUGGGAUACAUCCAGGCCGGCUUUCCCCGCUCUGCUGCCGCCUUCGUGCCCACCAAUGCCUUCAUUGCCACCUGGGAGGAGGUGGGCGCCUACCAGGAGCUCUCCCAGGACACCGAGCCCUCCACAAAGAGGGAGAGCAACACGGGGAUCCCCGGCGUGUGGGUUUUCCACGUGGGCAGCACGGAGCACGUGGAGCCGGGGGGUGGCCAGGGAGCUGCUCCUGCUGUGCCUCAGAGCCCCCCUGAGCCCCCCAACCCUGGCACCGCCAGCUACCCCCACCGUGCCUCCAGCCACACUGCCAUGGCCCAGCGUCCCAGCCACGGUGGCCCGGUGCUCCUGGGCUUUGUCCCUGCCAGGAGGGACACCCAGGAGCCCAGAGGGGACGGUGGCACCGGGCAGAGCUUCUCUGCCAACCCCUCCUCCUACAGCUCGGGCCAGCACGGCGUGGGCGUGGAGGAGGACGUGCAUUUCAACCCUGAUGUGUUCACCUACAG